AUGCAAUAAUCUAUAAUAAAUAAGGAACACUAUUAUUAGAAUUAAAGAAAUUCUGCUCAUUAGAACACACCUUAAAAGACAAAUAUUGCUUAUUAAGAGUAUAUUGCUAAUCGAUAAUCAGCUUCAAAAAGUCUUUCUUUAAUGUGUUAUAAUUGUGUCAAUAAUGAUAUCUCUGAUUAAAAGAAACAACUAAAAUAGAAAUUAAUUGAAUAAGAUAAAGCUUAUAUUUAAGAAAUAACUAAAUCCAUUAUAAAAUAGCAAGAGGAUGAAAGUACUUAGAUAAUAUAAAAAAAAUUAAAAGAAAGAGAAUUCUUAUAAAAAAGUUAUCAAGAGAGUCAAAAAUAUAAAGAAGAAAGAAAGAGUAAAGAAAAAUAGGACAAUGAAAAAUUAGCAUAAUAAAUUAAAAAAACUGAUAUUUAAGAUUAAAAUAGAAUCCAACAAGAAAUUAUUUAAUCAUAUUAUAAAAAGAAAUAAUUUAUGGAAAGUUUGAAUGAAUAAAUUAAAAAUAGAAAACUUAAAACUUAAACUGAUAGUCCAAAUGAAUGGUUUAAAGUAGGAGAUGAAGAAAAAACUGAAUAAAUUAUUUAAUAAAAAAAAAUCAUUGAAAAAAAUUUAUUAAAAUAACAAAGAGAUGAAUCAUUAAAAAUGAAAGAAUCUGUCUUAAAUGAAUAGGAAAAAUAAAGAAAAUUAUAAGAAAGAAAAUAAGUUGAUUAUUAGCAUUAGUUAGAUUAAUAACUCAAAUAAGCAGAAUAAGGUAAAAAGAAAUUAAUGGAAUCCUAAUAUUCUUAGUAUUUAAAAAAGACCAUUUAAGAACAAAAAGAAUAAAAAGUAUGCUUAUUAAAUAAUUUAGAGAAAUGAGAAAAUAAUGACAGCAGAAGAAUAUAGAUUAAAUUGCGACUUAAUCAAUAAAUAAAUAAAAAAUAGAGAAGAGAUCGAAUAAAAUUAAGAAAUUUAAAAAAAAAUGUAGUACAUCGAUGAAUUGAAUUAAUAAUAUAAAUAGUAACUAGAAUGUAAAGCUAAAGAUAAAUAAAAAAAUAGAUUUAUCGAACAGAAAUUAUCAGAAUCAAAUAAAAAAUACGAAUAUUUAAGAAAAGAAUUGGAAAAAACUAUUAAAAAAUCAUGUUAGAAAUGUAAUAAAAGUUAUGAUGCUAAAUGUCUAUCGAAAAGUAAAGUAUUUUGA